GGCGGGCGGGUCCGGCAACUCCCUGGGAGGCAGUCGGGCGGGUGCCGGAACCGAGCUGCGGCAGUCCUCGCGGGUCUGUGAAGAAGCCGGUGGCCCCAGGAGGCGCCAGUAGUUUAAAAAAAAAUAGAAAUCACUUCUGACUACAUUGAAUAGCAAAAACGAAGUGACACUGCAGACCAUGGCACUACCAUUCCGGAAGGACUUGGAAAAGUACAAGGACCUGGAUGAAGAUGAGCUCCUUGGGAAUCUAUCAGAAAUAGAACUGAAACAACUGGAAACCGUGCUGGAUGAUCUUGACCCUGAGAAUGCUCUUCUGCCUGCAGGGUUCCGACAGAAGAACCAGACCUCAAAGUCUGCCACUGGGCCUUUUGAUAGAGAACACCUCUUGUCAUAUCUGGAGAAGGAAGCUUUGGAGCAUAAGGACCGGGAAGACUAUGUGCCCUACACUGGAGAAAAAAAAGGGAAAAUAUUCAUCCCUAAACAGAAACCUAUCCAGACUUUUACAGAAGAAAAAAUCUCUCUUGAUCCAGAAUUAGAAGAAGCUUUGACAAGUGCUUCUGAUACAGAAUUGUGUGACCUCGCAGCUAUUCUUGGAAUGCACAAUUUGAUAACGAAUACACAGUUCUGUAAUAUAGUGGGAAGUAGUAAUGGUGUCGACCAAGAACAUUUUUCAAAUGUGGUAAAAGGUGAAAAGAUGGUCCCAGUAUUUGAUGAGCCACCAAAUCCAACCAACGUUGAAGAGAGUUUAAAGAGAAUUAAAGAAAAUGAUGUUCGUCUUGUUGAAGUUAAUUUGAAUAAUAUAAAGAAUAUUCCAAUCCCAACCCUAAAAGAUUUUGCGAAGGCUUUGGAAACCAACACACACGUGAAAUAUUUAAGUCUUGCAGCCACGCGGAGCAAUGACCCUGUUGCUUUUGCUUUUGCAGAUAUGCUGAAAGUGAACAAAAAUUUGAAGAGCUUAAAUAUGGAGUCCAACUUUAUCACAGGAGCUGGGGUUCUAGCACUGAUUGAUGCUUUAAAAGAUAAUGAGACCCUCACUGAGCUCAAGAUUGACAAUCAGAGGCAGCAGUUGGGGACAGCUGUAGAAUUGGAAAUGGCGAAGAUGCUUGAGGAAAAUACAAAUAUCCUUAAGUUUGGAUAUCGGUUUACACAGCAGGGACCCCGAACCAGGGCAGCUAAUGCUAUAACAAAAAACAAUGACUUAGUUCGCAAGAAACGAGUUGAAGGAGACCACCAGUAAGUCCGCCAAGGCAUAACCUUUGGAAGACUUCUGAAGGUCAUCAGGACUCAUGUUGGUGAUAUCAGAUAUAAAAUUUUCCUGGGUAGAAGGGAAAAGACUGGAAAUUUUUCUUUCUUUUUUUUUUUUUUCAACUACAUGUAUAUUUUUCUAGUUUAAGUUACAAGUUUCAAACUGUAAAAUCAAUAGUAGGUGACAUUUUAUAUUUUAAAGCAUUAUUUCUACUUUCUGCUAAAAUCAAUUUUAAUUUAGCUUAAUUGAGUGGUUUAUGGUGGGUCUUAGUUAAAAAAAAAAAAUACAAUUAUAAGAAAGUGUAGGAAGUCACAUGUAGAAUAAUAUAAACAUUUUAAGGACCAAAUCUCUUUGUUAAAAAAAGGGACAUUGCUGAUAUCAGACUUGCUGUGCACCUCACAGGUACAAGCACUUCAAAGCUCCUGAUUCCAGGAUGGGAGAGAUUUCCGUGUUUUAGAACACAUGAGCUUGGAGAGAUUGUGCUUUUGCUUCUGUCAGGAAAGCACAAUGCCAGAAUUUUAAACCAGGUGACUCAAAAUCUAGUCGUCUGUUUAGAAGUAAAAGCAGGCCUCUAGGAGAGAGAAAAUGCAUUCCAGGUUACUGCACUUGUCUGAUGUUACUGCACUUGUCUGAUGUAUCUUUAAGAGUAUAGUGAUGUCUACACUGAUUACAGUGUUUCAUUUUAAUACUGUGGACUUUAGUAGAUUUUUGUGAAAGCCCAUAGUAAAAAGCAUCUGAGUAGGAAAGCUAUUCUGUUCCCGUAAAAGGCAGAUAGCCAACUCUUGGUUAGAUAGGGUAAGAGAAAAAGAAAGCUGUUGUUUACAGUAAAUGUGAUGGAGGUGAAGUCUGAGGAGCAUGCAAAACGGCAGUUAAACUGAUGAAACAGUUAAAUUAGAAACUGGCACGCAUCUAAAUCAGUGUUCCUAUAUGCAGUGCAGAAUUCCAUAAACGGUAUUUAAUCAUCACUCACUACAAAUUUUCCAAACAGGAAAUCUGCUCUUCUUCAUAAACCCAGUUUUUAUUGUUUCCUGUCAUCUUGUGCUUUUCUGUCCAUAUUGUGUAAAAGUAAUUUCUCAUAACAAAAGUUGUCUUCCUGUUACUCUCAAAGAAUCAAAGUGAACAAUUGAACAGUGUACUGUGGUGGGCAGCUGACUCCAGACCGCCAGUGCGAUGGGCGAUUUGGACCUGUAUCCUUGCCCUGUUUCGGGGCAGCCUCUGGACCGGAGAUGGCGGAGUCUUACAGCUGCCGAAAGCAGGGCAGAGGAAUCCGAGUCACCCUGGCCUCAGAAAUGCAGGCCUGGCUGUACCAUUUACAGGGAGAUUUUUCUAAGGGAGAAUCUCAUUUCACAGGAGCAGAGAAGUCUGUUGUCAAUUUUUAAAAAAAUUAUUUUUCUGCUCCUUCGGCUUACGGUGGACAGUUUAUCCAAUGACUGGGCAACUUCCUGUGUACUGUGGUAUAAGGCUUCUUAACAGGGUGUGUUUGUUGCUUUGUAUCAGUAUCUAAUGUUUUAUGUUUUAAAGGGGCCUAAGAUUGACUUUGCACUAUUUCCUUUCAGUUACAGGCUGCUGAUUUUUUUUUUAAGUUAGGAAGUCUCUCUCUCUCUCUCUUUCUCUUCCUCUCUCUCUCUCCUUUUCAUAUACAACUUUGGAAACGUACUUGAUUUUAGACACUGCACUGUUCCAGCAGGCUGGGGGCCGCAUGGAGCAGGGGCAAGGCGACCGUUACACUCUCAGCAAGGCUGCCUUGUAGCACUAUCCUGUGAGUCAUUACAUUGAUUAGUAUGUUACCCCCUCCUCCAUGAGUUUGUUUUUUUAACAUAGGUAGACAAGCCCUUACCUAAAGUUGUAUGUCAUACUUAUGGAUAAAAUCUUUAGUAUGAAGAAGUUAAGUGUUUUGCUUGUACCAUUCCAGUUCUGAGCUACAAUAGUUCAUUAUAUAAUUUCUUCAUAAAUGACUUUAAACAUUCAUCCGAUUGGAUAUAGAAAAAUCUUUCGAGCAUUGUAAUUACAGGGGAGAAAACUGAUGUUUACUUUGAUCUUUAAAAAUAUGGCACCUCUUAGCCUUUUAUUAACUUCUGGAAUUUCUAUAUUGCUCUAAAAUUUUGUAAUAGAUUAGAGUUGUGAAGUAGUCUGGAUUUUUAAACCAAAGAUGUGUAAGACCUUAAAUUUUGUAGUCUAACCAAUUUAAACUUAUCUGGUGAUCUAAUCAAAGAACACUUGCAUUUUUAAAUUGCUGGGGUUUUUUUAAAGCUUUAACUUCCCAUUUUAUAAAACUUUAUAUUUAUAUUUGUCAAAAUUUUUUCUAGUAUGUCUACAUGAACUUGUAUUUUAAAAAUAUUAAUUGCUAAUGUUGAUAUUAUUAAAAUGGAUGUUGGUGCUAUAUAUUUGUAGCUAGUAAGUCUAAAGUAUAGAAGAAAUACAUUUUAUAAGGGUGCCUGUCAUUUAAAAGACCAAAUAAACAUUUUGUGUUUUAAACAACUAGCAAUUUUUAGAGAUUUCAAUGAGAAUUAUCUUUAUCAUUAAAUGGCAAAUUCUUGUUAUUUGAAUGAAAUAACCCACAUACUUUAUGCAAUAGGUGCACUCUGGAAAAGUUACAUGUAAAUAGAACUUUGUAAAUUGUUUUUCCAUUGACAAUAUCUGAUGUUUUCAUUUAAAAUGGGAAUUCCAUGGUAUUAAAAAGUUAUGAGAAAAAAUGUUUGAUAAAUGUUAGUCAUGUUCUAUUAUAUAUUAUAUUUGCUGCCAUUAAAAUAAGAUGAAAAGAUGCAUGCCGUUUCAUAAAAUCUUGUACCUUUGGCUCUGUGUUCCCAGGGCUACCUCACUUCCUCCUUAUAUAAUCCACACAGACCUGAGGAGCAUGCUUUUUCUGGGGUCCGAGCAACUUCCAUUCUCUGCAGGCUCAGUGCCAUCCCACUUGGCUCCUUCUUGCAAUGCCACAAUUUUUCCAGUUUCAUUGAGAUAUAAUUGACAUUUAACAUUGUGUUAGCUUAAGUUAUACAACAUAAUGAUUUAAUCUAUGAAUAUAAUAAGACAUGAUCACCACAGUAAGUUUAGUUAACAUCCAUCACUUCACAUAGUUAAAAAAAUUUUUUUCCUUGUGAUGACAACUUUUGAGAUCUACUCUCUUAGCAACUUUCAGAUAUAUAAUACAGUAUUGUUAACUAUAGUCACCAUGCUGUACAUUCCAUCCCCAGGACUUAGUCAUCUUACACCUGAGGUACCUUGUGACCACCUUCACCCAAUCCUUCAUCCCCAGCCCUGCCUCUCACAGCUACCAAUCUGUUCUCUGUUUCAGUGAGUUUUUUUUCUUUUCACAUAAGUGAGAUCAUACAGUAUUUGUCUUUCUCUGUCUGGCUUAUUUGACUUAGCACAAUGUCCUCAAGGCACUUCACUUUCGAGUAGUGUUAACUGAAGACAUGGCAUCCAGGAAAACGAAACACCAGGACGUGCAGAGCGGCUUCCCGUGCUGCCCUCAGGCUCAGGCCCAAUUUGUCUGCUUAAGAAAGGUUAAAAAAUGGCACAUAUACAUAUGCUCAUACAUACACACUGCAUAAAAAUCUUCGUAAUUUCAAGUAAAUGCCCACUUUAUAUUUUUUAGUCUUUUGGAUGAAUUAUAUUUGGUUUUAGUUAUGUUUAAAAGCUUGAAAGUUAUCUUGUUACAAUGCAUCAUUCUUUGUCACAGCAAAUAGGUAUUUAAAUACAUUUUUUAAUGCUAAAAUAUCCAAAAUGUUGUAGAUGUUUUAUUUUUUCAACUUUUUAAAUAUAAGCGUGUUAAUUUUUAUAAUACUGAUGUCUAAAUAUGAAAUAUUAUUAACCUGGUUCAUAAUAGCACAGUGAAAUUUCUUUUGAAGAACAUGUACUAUAGGCAUUUAGAACUUAUCACUUCUUUCUGGAAUAAAUAAUUUCAAUAAAGUUUAUCAAAUAUCCUGUA